CGUAUAUCACCUGCAGCAUGCAGCAGAGUGUGAGAGCACUCUUCUCCUCUGGUUGUCUUCAGCGGUCUUCAUCGUGUCCUCACAGCCGCAGACAUGUCUGUGUUUCUGGGAUGGCUCUCGGCUCUGGCCAUGGGUGUUGUCUCCGCUCAUGUCCUGCUGAAAGUCUGCUUCCCGUACUUCUGGAGGGACCUGUUGUUCCUGAUCAAGGUGAUCAGGUGCGGAGCGCGGCUGGAGCUCUCUAAGUUCACCUGCAGCGUGCACACGGUCCUGGAGAGGUUCGUGCAGCAAGCGCAACGCGUCCCCAACAAGCCGUUCGUCAUCUUCGAGGGAACCGUCCACACGUACCGAGACAUCGAGCAGCGCAGCAACAGACUCGCCCAUGUUUUCCUGGAGAGUGUCAACCUGAGGAAAGGAGACUGCGUUGCCUUGCUCAUGGGCAACGAACCCGACUUCCUGUGCGUUUGGUUCGGGUUGGCGAAGGUCGGCUGCUCGGUGGCUUUCCUCAACACGAACAUCAAGUCCAAGUCUCUGCUGCACUGCUUUAACUGCUGUGGAGCCAAAACUCUAAUAGUUGGAUCAGAACUGGUGGAAUGUUUGGAUGGCAUCCUAACCAGCCUGCUGGAGGACAACAUCCAGGUGUGGGCCAUGGGGAGCCACAGUGAGCACACACAGGUACACAGUCUGUUGGAUAAAGUUGCUGCUGCCUCUGAACAGCCGGUACCAGCUGUGCUACAUGCCACCACCUCUCUCAAAUCCCCCACCCUGUACAUCUUCACCUCUGGAACAACUGGUCUCCCGAAGGCUGCAGUGAUCACUCAUCUGCAGAGUUUGAAGGCAGCAGCAGGCUUUUGGGCAUUUGGGAUGACUGAAGAUGAUGUGGUGUAUAUUCCGCUGCCACUCUACCACAGUGCAGCUUCUUUGAUCGGUAUAGGAGGAACCAUAGAGCUGGGUGCAACCUGUGUCUUGAAGAAGAAGUUCUCAGCCUCCCAGUUCUGGAAUGACUGUAGAAAACAUAAUGUGACUGCUUUCCAGUAUAUUGGUGAACUCUGCAGAUACCUCUGCAACCAGCCUAAGACAGAGGUAGAUAAAGUUCACAAGGUGCGGAUGGGAGUUGGGAACGGCUUGCGGCAGGACGUCUGGCGGGAGUUCCAGAGUCGCUUUGGAAACGUUAAAAUGUGCGAGGUGUAUGGCUCCACUGAGGGAAACCUGUGUUUCAUGAACCAUAUCGGCAAGAUUGGAACUGUGGGCCGGUCCAACUUCCUCUACAGGCUCUUGUUCAAGUACGAUCUAGUGAAGUAUGACAUGGAGAAAGACGAGCCAGUGAAGGAUCAGUAUGGUUUCUGUCAGCGAGUGGGAAGGGGUGAGACAGGGCUUUUACUGUCCAAGGUGAGCGCCACCAGCCCCUUCUUUGGCUAUGCUGGAAGCAAGCAGCUGACGGAGAAAAAGCUGAUGCGAAAUGUAUUUGUGAAGGGAGAUGCCUACUUUAACACUGGUGACCUCAUGGCUGAAGACCAGGAGGGCUUCAUCUGUUUUAAGGACAGAGUAGGAGACACCUUCAGGUGGAAGGGUGAAAAUGUAGCAACGACAGAGUUAACAGAGGCUCUUGGGCUGGUGGAUUUUAUGCAGGAAGUCAAUGUGUAUGGAGUCGAAAUACCAGGGCUUGAGGGCAGAGCGGGAAUGGCUGCUGUGAUUAUAAGACCAGGUCUCGUGUUUGAUGGGAAGAAACUUUUUGAGCACGUGGUGACAGAUCUGCCAGCAUACGCUCAUCCGAGGUUCAUUAGGAUUCAGGAGAUGAUGGAAAUGACAAGUACCUUCAAGCUGCAGAAGUUCCAGCUGGUGCAAAGUGGCUUCAACCCCUCGACUAUCGCGGACCCUCUCUAUGUGUUGGACUAUCAGCAGAAGAACUACAUUCCUCUAACAGACACUGUCUAUCACAGCAUCCUCGCUGGAGAAUACAAGCUAUAGGACUCACAAGUGUGGGUAUGAUGACACCGCUUCAAACAAAGAGGGAGAUCAUAAGCUCUGCUGAAUCCAGAUAUCUAAAGGAAGUCCAUGGAAACACAAUACAAUCAGAUAGGAUGAUUUGAAUGAAAAUACAUUCGUAAAUAGGUGGAUUAUGAUCAGUUGACCAUUUGCAAUACUUAACACAAAUAUCACAUGUUAUUUACCAGUUUAAAACCUUCAAACAGACAAACUAAGGCGAUCGCACCAUUCAUACCUUUAAACAGGCCUUACCUUUUAAAUAAAAGAGUCUGUUUUGUGUGUAUGAAAGCCAUUUGUGAAUAUUUAUUGUAAUUUAAACAUUAAGACCCUAUAAGGGAUAUGUUGAGACAUGGCUUUCAUUUUUAAAUUCUAAUGCCCUUAAUAUAAAAAUACAUUGUCCAAUAAAUUGUCCAAAUAUUGCUCCCUUCAAAUCCAACUUAAGUACCUAAUUAUAUCUGAACCGAUGGCUAAAUUGGUCGAAUUUUAAGGUACACAAAUAAGGGAUUUAUUGUUAAGUCAAUAAUAGAUUAAAUAGCUCACAGACAACUUUGCUGGUUUGUCUGAUUUCUUUAUCAAUGUUUCAACAAGAUAGGUAAAUGUACACACACAAUUUCUUCUUAUGCAAGCAAAAUAUGUGAUUCAUCAAAUCCCUACAUUAUGCUGACCACUGAGAGGACACAGUGCCUGUGUUUUCAAUUACUUAAAUUUUUUUAUGAAACUGAAAUAAUUUUAUAUUCUCUGUGAGAGAUUUUGAUGAAAGCCCAACAUGUUUGCCAUAUUCUUUUUUUCAAAUUUUAUGUUGUAUUUAGUGCUUAAUUUUUAUUUUUAGUUCCCUGAGAAUUUAAUGUGUGCUGCUAAAUUCCUUAACUGACAUGCUUGGGAACUUUGCCAGAUCCAAUGACUAUUAACUAUCAGGUAAGGAAUCAGUUCAUAUUAAAGAAGUGUAUUUGUACAUUCACAGUAGGUGAAGGAUCAGGGGAGAGCUGGGAUUUUUACCAACAGCCACAAUAAGCUUGCUUUCCUACCCACGUCAGAGUUUGAGGUAAUGCUUUUGAUUUAUUUAAGGUGUCAACAGCUUAUUUCUGUAUAUCACCAUAUUCCUCUUUUCCAAAUAAGAGUAAUAUUUAGAAGGUUCAAUUUACUUUUAAUUUUAAUUUACUUUUUUGAUUAGGGUCAUAAGAUACAUAUAAGAUGCAUUGCCUUAAAAGAGUUGCAGUUUAUUAAAACAUGGCUCUUUUUCCAAUUUUAGCACCAAACUUUCUCAGAAUUCAUACACCAGCAGAGUUAGAAAAAGUAAAUGUAAGUACCCAGACAUCCACUACAGACUGCUGCUUCACCCUUGACCUACUGUUCUCACAUAGACUAGAUCAAUAUUUGAAUGUGGAAUUGCAUCACUCCCACAAUGAUGAACUAAACUCAGCACAGCAGGGAGUGACUGUAAUCCUUUUCAGUGAAGGAGAACUAGAAUGUCUCUGGUGUGGUCGUUGUGUAUGGCGUGGUGCGACGCUUGGAGAAGAAGAGCACAGUGAUGUUGCUGUGGGUGAAGCCUGGUGGCUGGCAGAGAACAGCGAGCAGGUCUUCAAACAGAGACAGCACGAGCCAACAGGCAGGCGAUGUCCAGGCAGGAUUCAGACAGGGAGGACAGGCAGGGAAACUAACACAGAGGAUGCUAACAAUUAGUCGGACACUAUGAUCUGGCAAUGAAGGAAGACCAGGGUACUUGUACUGCAGCAGGUGAGAAGUGGAGCUCAGCUACAGGUGUGCCAGGGACCUGAGGGAAGAAACAACGCCCAUACUCAGACCAAGUCAGCACACACUCAGUCCAAGCAUGCCAUACCAAUCAGUAUUCAUUCAUACACAUUCAGACACACAUAAGAACAAGACAUUAUCUCAAGUAGGAUGUUUACAUGAGUCGCUAAAAGAAUAUUUCAUUCAUAUUCCCGUUUACAUGUUACAGAGAAUAGUCUGAGUAUGAUCUUGAGCAGUUGGUAACUACUGUACAUGUUGAUGUCCCAAAAUGCUGUGAAAACUCCAAUAUAAUAUUAUCGAGACGUAUAUGUGUGAACAAAAUGUGACUAUGGUUGGAAUAUUUCAAAUGUUCUUUUAUUGCUUAUUCUGAGUAUGAUCUUAUGCGAGAAAGUUAAUCAGAAAAUGCUGCUUGCGUGUGAGUACCCAAUCAAAAUAAUGUCAGGAUAUUGCUGUCCAUGUGAACACAGAAUUUUGAAAAUGUUUUCAAAUGUAUAAAAAAGGACAAACUGAAAUAUAAUAUUAUAUUAUUGACAUAAGUAUCAGGCUCUUAAUCAUGACAUGGGAAAUUUUAUUUAGAUGCUCUUGGUGUAGAAACAUAACUAAGAUGCUCAAGAAAAAUGGAAAACUAAAUUGGUUGUUAAUCAGAGCUCAUAUCCACCUCCAGCAUCAGACAUCCUGCUCAGGUUCUAUCAUCCUAAAUGAAGACUGCCAUUUCCAUCCAUUGUUCACUGAUUUUCAUUUCACAUGACCAAGCUGAGCCAGAAGUAGAACGCUUGAAUCAUUCUGACUUGCACUUUUUACGGAGUCAAUAUGGAUGUUUACGUUUAAAGCUUUACUCAGGUAUAUUGUCUCAUCUCAUACACGACUUCGAGCGGGGGUCACAACAAUUGACUCACAAUACUAUAAUGCACUGAUCAGAAAUAAUUAGAUUCCACCUUGUUGAGGUGAACUUGUAGCUAGCCCAGAGAGAGCAUCCGGAAGGUUGCUCUCUCUGUUUGACAAGAACAUCUCUAGAUAAGUGUGUUUUAAUUUAACAACUCAAAUCCAUUUUCCCUCUCUAGGGACACCUUUUGUCUUCAAUCUCUUCAGCUGUACUACUCAUGUAAAUCAAAUCUCAAUUUCAUUUAAUUGAUUUUGUGUGUAUUUACUAAUAGGCUACAUUGUUAAGAAUUUCAGAAUGUGCUAUUUUUGGAUAAUCAUCUCAAAGAUUAUAACAAUUCUGAACUGAAUAUAGACCAGUUUCUUUUUUUUUUCUUAGUUGAUGUUCCUCCUGCUAAGUGUUGCACUUAGAAACAAUGGGUUUCAUGUUUAUUGUAUUUGUUCUUGUUUUUCAUGCACACUGCUGCUGCCACUUUUCUCUGCCAUGGUCGCCAUGUGCUGUAAUUCAGUCUCUGAAAGUGUUGGCAGUUUUAGCCUGAAUAAAAGUGGUGAGCUCCAGUGCCAUGGUGUUCAAAAAUGCUA